UGGAAGCCACAACAUCGAGCAUGGAUACCCCGUCCCUGUACUACUUCGGCUGCCUUCUCCUUGCUCUCCUCUACUCCCUAACAAAAUGCUCACGCUCCCGCGACCGUGGCCUACGUCUCCCUCCGAGCCCCUGGCAGCUCCCUGUCAUCGGCAGCCUCCACCACGUCCUCGGCGCGCUCCCACACCGCUCGCUGCGCCGCCUCUCGCGCCGCUACGGCCACCUCAUGCUCCUCAACUUCGGCGAGGUGCCCGUCGUCGUUGUCUCCUCCGCCGAGGCGGCCAGGGAGGUCAUGAGGACGCACGACGCGGCGUUCGCCACGAGGCCCCAGACGGCGACGAUCAGGACCCUCACCAAGCAGGGCCAGGCCAUCGCCCUCACCCCCUACGGCGACCACUGGCGCCGCCUCCGCAAGAUCUGCGCCCUGGAGCUCCUCAGCGCCGCCCGCGUCCGCUCGCUCCGGCCCGUCCGCGAGGAGGAGGCGGCGCGGCUCGUCGUCGCCGUCGCCGUCUCGUCGGCCUCAGGUAACAAUAAGCUUGUGAACGUCAGCGAGAUGGUGGCGGCGUACGUCGCCGACACAGCGGUGCAUGCCAUCAUGGGUAGGCGCCUCAACGACCGUGACGCCUUCUUGCGCUACAUCGACGAAGCCAUUCAAUUGGCCAGUGGCGUCAGUCUAGCUGAUAUGUUCCCGUCGUCAUGGAUCGCCGGAGCUCUAAGCUGGAGGACGCGUAAGGCGGAGGUGUACCAACAGAGAUUAUUCGAGUUUUUGGAUGCUAUCAUAACUGAGCAUACGGAGAAAAAGUCACAUGAUGAGGGCAAAUGGCAGGAAGAUUUGAUAGAUGUCCUCCUGAGGAUUCAAAGCCAAGGCUCAUCGCACUUCCUCACUAUGGGCACUAUAAAAGCUGUCAUCUUUGAUCUUCUCUCAGCGGGGACUGAAACUGCUGCAACAACACUGCAAUGGGCCAUGGCAGAGUUGAUGAGGAACCCUGAUGUGAUGUCCAGGGCACAAGCUGAGGUGAGGGGAGCUUUCAUGCCCCACAUGAAGGUCAUAGAGGAGGGAUUAAGCCAAUUAACCUACCUGCACUGGGUCAUCAAAGAGACCUUACGGUUGCAUACUCCUGGUCCUCUGCUGCUUCCAAGAGAGUGUCAAGAAACAUGCAAGGUCCUAGGCUACGAUGUGCCCAAGGGUGCUAUGGUGCUCGUGAAUGCAUGGGCAAUCUCAAGGGACCCGCAAUGCUGGGAGGAACCUGAAAAGUUCAUGCCGGAGAGGUUCGAGAGUGACACGAGAGAUCUCAAAGGGAAUGACUUUGAGUUCACACCGUUUGGAGCUGGACGGCGUAUUUGCCCUGGGAUGUCAUUUGGGCUCGCUAAUGUCGAGCUGGCUCUUGCAAACCUUCUAUUCUAUUUUGAUUGGAGCCUCCCAGACGGCAUUCGUCCCAACGAAGUAGACAUAACUGAAGCUAUGGGUAUCACCGCAAGGAGAAAAACGGACCUCUGGUUAAGAGCUACAAUGUGUUUGAAUCUGCCCCACUAAUAAAUAAUUACUUCCAAUUUUCCAUGCA